AUUUUUUUCCUAAUUGAAAAGGCAGCAUUUCUUUUGGGGGGGUUUCUGUAGCCUCUCAAAAUUCAAUCUGCACAAUAAAUAAUGUUGCCUUCGACCAACACUUGCAGCCACUCCAGAUUUAGAGAGAGAGAGAGAGAGAGAGAGAAUCAAGGAAGGAGAAAGGAGUAGCCUUCGACCAACACUUGCAGCCACUCCAGAUUUUGAGAGAGAGAGAGAGAGAGAGAGAGAGAAUCAAGGAAGGAGAAAGAAGUAUAUAUAUACAUAUGUAUAUAUAGCUUUUGGGUGGGUAAAGGUUGGAGUCUUUUUUUGGGAUCCAAGAGGUUCUUGGUGGGUGCAACCUCUCUGAGGGCUUCGUUCUCCGCCAAUUGGUGUUUUGUUUCCAUCUGAGCCGAGCAAAAGGGAGGAAAUUUUCUUUUGGAAGGAAGAAAGAAAAAAGAAAACGAUUUGAUUCGAUCGAUCGAUGUUUCUUUGGCGGACGAAAGCGAUGAACUAACAAAAGUGGAAGUCUCAUCCGCUUCAGAUUCUUGAGAAACCUAAGCUGGCUGUCGGCUUCGGAGGGAAGGCGGAAGGCUUGAAUGGAGACAUCUGUAAUCUUCCCUGAUUCAUAGGGAGGAGGAGGAGGAGGAGGAGAGAGAGAAGCGCUUUCCUUGGAUUGCGUUCUCUCCGGAUCUAGUUAAUAUCAAAGACUGCAUCUUUGAUUGAUGCGGUUCAAAUGCCAAGAACUCCCUUUUGAUUCAAGCUUCGCCCGGCGGUCUCUCCUGAUCCUGCUGCAAUCCCUCAUACUUUCGGAUCCGUGUCUAACGAACAAGGGGUGGGCGAAAUGCCGCUUAAGAGCCUCGUCCGCGAGCUGAAGGAGAUGCGGGACGGCAUGGGGAGCACGCCCAGGAGAGGAGGCGGCGGCGUAGGAGGUGGAGCCCCCGCCACCGAAGGAAUGAUGUACGGGCACAGCCGUGGAGAUGCCCGGCAUCAGUGGUCCGGUCGACUGGAGCCGGAGCAACAGCAAGGGAGGUGGGCGAACCUGCCGCCGGAGCUGCUGUUGGAUGUCAUCCGGCGGGUGGAGGAGAGCGAGGUGUUGUGGCCGGCGAGGAGACAUGUGCUGGCGUGCGCCGCAGUGUGCCGUUCGUGGCGGGACAUCACGAAGGAGGUGGUCAAGACCCCCGAGCAAUGUGGCCGGAUCACCUUCCCCAUCUCCCUCAAGCAGCCUGGGCCUCGAGACACUCCGAUCCAAUGCUUCAUCCGAAGGGAGCGAGCGACAUCGACCUUCCUCUUGUUCCUCGGUCUGAGCCCAUCACUGCAGGGACAGAAUGACAAGCUUUUGCUGGCAGCACGCAAGAUCAGACGCGCAACCAGCACCGACUUUGUGAUCUCGCUGACCGCUGAUGAUUUCUCUCGAGCUAGCAGUAGCUAUAUUGGAAAAGUGAGGUCAAACUUUCUGGGAACCAAGUUCACCGUCUAUGAUAGCCAGCCUCCUCAUGACGCUGCAAUGUCUUCGAGCAACCGUUCCACUCGAAGGAUCCACUCCAAGCAAGUUUCGCCGAGAGUGCCUGCCGUCAAUUAUGGCAUCGCUUCCAUCUCUUACGAACUUAACGUCCUGCGAACUCGAGGGCCGAGGAGAAUCCAGUGCACGAUGCGCUCGAUUCCCAUCUCCUCCAUCCAGGAAGGUGGGAGCGUCCCAACGCCCACGAGUUUCCUUCACCCCAUUAUUAGCCAACGAGUCUGCUGCAGCUUAGCGGUGGCAAAGGGCAAGCAACCUGCGAUAGAUGAUGUCUCUUCCACCCCAGCAAGUGCACCUGUCCGGACUAAUGGGGAGCCACUCGUUCUGAAGAACAAAGCCCCCAGAUGGCAUGAGCAGCUUCAGUGCUGGUGCUUGAACUUUAGAGGACGAGUCACAGUGGCUUCCGUCAAGAAUUUCCAGCUCGUGGCAGCUGUGGUUCCUUCCUACGGCGUUUCUCCAGAAGAACAAGAAAAAGUGAUUCUCCAGUUUGGGAAAAUAGGAAAGGACAUCUUCACCAUGGAUUAUCGCUAUCCCCUCUCUGCGUUUCAGGCAUUUGCGAUUUGCUUGACGAGCUUUGACACUAAGCCAGCAUGUGAAUAACGAUAGGUACCCAACCAUUUCCCCUGUUCUCUCCCGGAUGUCUACUUCCUUCCUCAAUAUUCGACUGUGUUCUUCACCUGGGGAAAGUCCGGUUUGCAACUGCCGUUUGUCUAGUUUGGGAUCUCACAAGGGGAGAUGGUAGCCGUCGUCAAACGUUUAUGGUGUCGCAACUGCUUGAGAUAUGCUUUUAUGCUCUGUCCAUAUCUACAGCCCACCUUCGAAUUAAGUGUCUCUUUUCCGACAUUGUCAUGUAUUCAGACUGCGGAACUUGAUUCAUCUAAUGUCUAGUUUGAAGAGGGUCUCACGUAGACACAAUCAUUAUCUCAAGCUCUCAAUGUUACGGUCGAAGUGCGAGUAUGACCAUUUCACGGUAUGUUCAACGCAACUGUAUCUUUAGUUUGUGGAUGCAAUCUCAGUUGGCCGGACUUCUUGUUCUCGUCGAGGCUAUACCUAAGUGUGUGUUUGAGCUGGAGUUUUGUGAAAGAAGACUCCUCGAGGGUUGGAUAGAUUCUGUCUAGUCCUUGGAUUUGUGAGGCAUAGUUGGCUCGCUAGAAAGGAAUUAGCGACCAUCUCUCGAUCAGCUGGCCUGGAAUUAGGUUCUGCAAUGGAUAUAUUUAGCUUUACGUGAUGAUUCCCUGACUCCUCCAUCGACGUAUACGGAGGUCGCUGUGGCUCGUGAUCGGCUUUGGAUUAAUCAGUUGGUCCUCUUUGCGAUCGUUUCAGCUACUGUUUCCCCUUCUUGGCUGCUACGACUUGUCGAUUUCAAGAUCUUCUUUUUGUAUAGAUGUUGCGUGCUCCGUACCUUCUUAUUGACGCCUGUUUACGGCUUGUCUUGUAUCGAGAAGAGUGAGCAUAAGAUGCUAC